AUGAAGUUUAGGGUGAAAUUGUUUGACUCCGACCGCACGUAUAAGCCUAAGAAAAAGCACAAGGAGGGAACAGAGCGCUACAACCUGCACAAAUUUGCCAAGUCGCUUGUGCGUUCCGGUGACCUAAGCAAAGCGGUGCGGCUGCCACAAGGGGCCAACCUUAACCAUUGGCUCUCAGUGCAUACCGUCGACUUCUACAACAUCACAAAUGUUCUCUACGGCUCUCUCACGGAGUUCUGCACGACCAGCAGCUGCCCAGUGAUGUCGUCGGGCCCUCGCUACGAGUACCUAUGGAAGGAUCCGCCGGAGUACCCAAAGGCGACCAAAGUGAGCGCCCCCGAGUACGUGCGACUACUUAUGGAGUGGAUUGAGAAGCAAAUCAACGACGAACGCAUCUUUCCCUCGGAGGAUCGCAAUCCCUACCCGCCGGAUUUUCUAGACCGGGUCAAAACGUGCUUUAAGCGACUUUUCCGUGUCUACGCGCAUGUAUACUACUCUCACUUUGCAAAGAUACGUGAGCUGCAUGAGGAGUCCCACAUUAACACGGCGCUUAAACACUUCAUGUACUUUGUCUGGGAGUUUGAUCUUAUCCCACGGGAGGAGGUCUCGCCUCUGCAGGAACUCUUGAUUAACCUCAUGGGCCAGCGGGCGAAGGAUAAAUUAGAGGCGGCCUAG